GGUAACUAGUGACGACCGAACAACUGUAGCAAGAGCUUCCGGUUUCAUUUGAUUUAGCAAAAAUGAAAUCGUUGUUUGGAUAGAUCGUAAACAUCAUGUACUAAGUAUUCAUCUAAAUCGUAUGGAGAUUGACUAAUAACAUGGCCGUAGCUAUGAGUUCAACCUGCCCGGGACAUUAUUGUGGCAAGACGUUGAUAAAUGGCUCGUUUGAUGGAGAAUGUGGGGUAUGUCCCAGAGGAGAGAGGACGAACAUGCAGAAGAUCUGUGAGAAGUGUACAGGAUCCCCUGAACUUUAUGACUGGCUGUACCUGGGCUUCAUGGCAAUGCUGCCACUGGUUCUACACUGGUUCUUCAUCGAGUGGUACUCUGGGAAGAAAAGCUCCAGUGCCCUCUUCCAACACAUCACAGCCCUGUUUGAGUGCAGCGCUGCGGCUGUGGUGACUCUGCUGGUCAACGACCCAGUGGGUCUGCUGUCUAUCAGGUCCUGCAGAGUCCAGAUGCUGUCAGACUGGUACACCAUGCUGUACAACCCCAGCCCAGACUACGUCACCACUCUACACUGCACACAGGAAGCUGUCUUUCCCCUGUACACUAUAGUGUUGAUCUACUACGCCUUCUGCCUGGUGUUCAUGAUGCUGCUGCGUCCACUCCUGGUCAAGAAGAUCGCCUGUGGUCUGGGGAAAUCUGACCGCUUCAAGAGCAUCUACGCUGCUCUCUACUUCUUCCCUAUCCUGACAGUCCUGCAAGCUGUGGGAGGCGGCCUGCUCUAUUAUGCUUUUCCAUACAUUAUUUUGGUGUUGUCCCUGGUUACUUUGGCAGUGUACAUGUCAGCCUCAGAAAUACAGUCUUUCAAGAAUCUCGCUGCCAAGAAGAAGAGGUUGGUGGUGCUCUUCAGCCAUUGGCUCCUUCACGCGUAUGGCAUCAUCUCCAUCUCCCGAUUGGAUAAACUGGAACAGGACCUGCCUCUAUUGGCCCUGGUACCUGGACCCGCCCUUUUCUACCUGCUCACUGCCAGGUUCACUGAACCUAGACGGAUUCUGUCAGAAGGUGGCAACGGCCAUUAGAACUAUUAUAGAUGGAUGUGGGUAUUAAAGUUAGACUCGAAAUGACGUUGCCACGAGCAGCACUGCAGAUAUUGAGAUGAGCGAGAUGCAAGACUUCGGUCACACACAGUAUCUGCGCAUGUUCACGGGUUCACUUCACGCUCUUACAGCGUGGGAGCCGCUGGACCAAAACAGCGGAGAAGUUGAGCUUUGCGCUUCAACGCUCUUAGUUGUUGCGGAAAUUGACCCACUAUGCUGUUUCCUUUCUGCAUUUUUCAUAUUGCUGAGUCUACCUUUAAUGUCCACCUGUCUAUCAAUUCAGGAGGUGUUGUGCAUGGAGCUAUAUGGACGCUAGCCUUUACUGCUGUCUCUGCCUAUGGUAGUAUGAUGACUGCUGCAUGUAGUGUUGAUAGUGUGAAUUCCUCUCACAGUGAGAAGGAAGAUUUUAUGAUAUUCCUACAACUAAGGUGGGAAUACAAACACCCUGUGUACAUACUGUAUGUCUAUAAACUAUACAUCUCCAUAUAUUUCAAGUGUUGUUAGUUAUUGAAUGGUAUUGUAUGUUACAUGGCUGUGGCCACUUGAAUGUUGUCUUUACAACCUAAGGCCUAAGAUGUACUGUUCCUCAUUGAGGCUGUUUUGAGACAUGCUUUGUAUAGAUAUUCACUCUGUGUCAUAUUAUAUGCUCAACAUCCUUGAUUGUUUUAAGCUCAGAUAUCUUUGAUUGUUGCAGUGAAAUCAAAGAUGGUCUUUGGAUUGUCCAAUAGUAUAAGUUGAGUUAGAUGUUCUUGAACUAAAUCUUAUGUGCCAAAAACUCUGAACACAUGCAUACGUCCAGAGGCAGAUAAAAUGGUUUAUUAUAACCUAAUAUUAUAUGUUACAAGCCAAGUGGAUGAAGUUCCAUUAUAUUUUGCUUGAUAAAAAAUGGAAUGAAAAUUAUCCUGCUGUUUCCCCAUAAAUGAUGUUGGGGAAAUAUGCUGUUGAAUAGUAAGCAAAUUAAAUUGUGAAUGUAUUUUAUGCAGGCUCAUAGAACGCUUGUAAAUAGAUAACAAUGGAUGUUUAUUGGAAAUAUAUAAUUUUAUUGCACAGUGUAAUUUUAAAACAUACAGAACAAGGACUUGGUUAGCUGCAAUUUUGACUAUUUAUUGUAAAAUGUAUUGUAAAAAAAAACUUGUGAAAUGUAGUGUGUUAUAAAGUGUUAAGAUUUUUCUGAAAUAAAAACCACAAAUGUGAGUACUCAUCUA